AAUUCGCAGUAGCACAGCAGUGAGCUCGGGAGGAAAACGUGUGAACGUGCGUAACUACCAUGUUAUUGCAGUUUAAGUUGUAGAAACCGGUGUACAUGCUGUGGAUAACCUGAGAAAGUAUUUAUUUACAUUUAAAACAACAAACCGGAAGUCAGUCACCGAGUGACGCGGGAACAAUCUGAAGAAGCCAUGAAGAAGAAAGUUCACCACGGUGCGAAGGCAUCGUCAGAACAGCAGUCAGCUGACUACGUGGUGGGUCAGGUGUCAGGGAGUCUGUUCCAGACGAAGCCUGCAGCCUCUGGCUCGCUGUCGGCUUUAUUCAGCACCGCUGCACCAGCUGCGUCUCUUCUGUUUCAGCCUGCACCGGAGCCUGUUAAAAGGAGCACAGAGGAAAAGCAACAGCAGAAGGAAACUCCAGAGGUCAAAGGUCAGCCCAGCCACAAGAAGAAGAAGCCACCAAAGUUAAAAUCAGCAGCCGAGCAGAAGUUGGAAAACAGGGAGAGCAGCCUCCAGACGGCAGACGAAGAGGAGCGAGGGCAGGAGACGCCCGUGAAGAAGAAGAAGAAGAGGAAGGCUUCAGAGUCGGGCGGAGAGAACGAUGUGGAGCGCUGGGUGAUGAAGAGGCAGAGGCUGAAGGCCAGCAAAGAGGAGGAGGCCGUGAAGAGGAAGAGGACGGUGUUCGUCGGUAACCUGCCCAUCAGCUGCACCAAGAAGACCCUGCGGAGCCUCUUCAGGGAUAAAGGAUCCAUCGAGUCCAUCCGGUUUCGCUCUGUGGUCAGAGAGGAUCCAUCCAUGUCCCGCAAGGUCGCAGCCAUCAAACGCAAAAUUCAUCCGAAGAAACAAAGCAUAAACGCCUACGUGGUGUUUAAAGACGAGGACGGAGUCUGCAGGGCGUUAGAGAGGAACGGGACGGAGAUAGAGAAGGACUUUCACAUCCGAGUGGACAGAGUGACGGACAGCUCAUCACACGAUCACAAACGCUCUGUUUUUGUGGGGAACCUUUCGUUCGAGAUCAGUGAGCUGCUGUUUCGGCGGCAUUUUGAGGAGUGUGGUCCGGUGGAGGCAGUGAGACUGAUCCGAGACCAGAACUCCGGACUGGGGAAAGGAUUCGGCUACGUCCUGUUUGAGAGCGCAGACUCGGUUCAGCUGGCGUUGGAACUGGACGGCUCAAAGCUGGAGGGCAGGUCCAUCCGGGUGAAGAGAUCAGUGAAGAAAGAAAAGCAGAAGAAUAAAACUAACAACAGAGGAGCCACCGGCAGGGGCCCCGCCAAGGGCCCUACAAAGAGUCCUGUGAAGGGCGCAGGGCCAGAGAGAGGGGCCGGUCGGGGAGGGGUCGGUCGGGGCGGCGUCAGGCCUCCAAAGAAAUUCAGUGGAAACCAGCAAAAGGUGACAAAAGGCUGCAGCUCCUUCAAAGGAGAGAUGGUGGAUCCAAACAAAAAGACUAAAAAGAAAGGACUGAAGAGGAAAGUGAAGCCAAACAAGGCCGUUCACAUCUGACCUGUGAGGAGAUAUUCAACAUGUCAGUCAAAUGAAAGGUUGAAGAUUCGUUCUGACUGAAGCAGACUGGGAUCCAGCUUCAGCUGUGGGAAACAGCCGGGGCCUGAUUCAAGCAGCAGGUUUGGUUUCACUCAGUAAACCUGAGCAACGAAGCUGCACCUCAUCCACUUCCUGUCAAACCAUCUGGUCCAGUACAGGUUUACAUUCUCUCCUGCAGCAGGUGAAUGGAAUAAAAUAAAAAAAGGAAAUAAAACGUGUCAGUUCAAACUUUUUAACUUUAAAGUUUCUGGUUUUCCUGUUGAACAGAUGUUUUUUUUUUUUUUUUGUUUUUUGUUUCUUGCAAAACUUGUAAAUCUGUGAUUUCUGAAUGGAAACAAUAAAUUGAACAAAGACGCAGUCGUGAUGUUUCAGAGCUCA